AAUGGGUGUGCGGCAGCCAGAGAUGGUAAAGGCAAAGCUGUUCAGGACCUCUCUGAGCUGUGAUGUCGUCAUUGAUUUCUGGAGCGGAGGGGACUGUACCAGACACCAGACAAAAAGGGCCAAACUCUCAUCCUUAACCCUCCGCUCAAAGACAUCCUCUGUGUCUCUGAGGAAACCUACCUGGAGCAGAUCACCAUGGCGGAUGCAGAGGAGUUCCAUGUUUUUCUCAAGCUGAUGGUAGAGAAGCCGUAUAUGUGCUCCACCGUUCCAGUCUCAGCAUACAGAGGAGCUAUUGUUCUUCAGCCUAACGCUUUCUCUCAUUAAUGUGGAACUGAACUCCAAACAUGAAUCAGCCUUUCAUUGUUAACAUCUCUGAGAAUUGGAACAACAUAAUGAUGAGCAGACACAUGAAUCUGUUCCUCAUCCCUACGGUUCUGCUAACCUCGGUCACGUUGCUGGUCAACCCCAUUCUGUCCCUUUGCAUUCUGUGUUUUCCUUCGCUACGUCAAGAGAACCGCUACCUACUCCUUGCUAACAUACUCUUCACCGAUAUGCUCUUCCUCACCAUAAACCUUACGAUGGUCUCCUGUAACUCAAUGGGCCUGCACAUGCCCCACUGGUUGUGUAAGUUUAUGAUGGCGAGCAUGGUAAUGGCAUAUAGCACCUCUGUGCUCACUAUCACACUGAUGGUUGUCGACACGUAUGUGGCGGUACGGUGGCCAUUACGUUACAAAGAGAUUUUCACACCAUCUCGGGCCAGGAAGAUAAUCAUGAGCUUGUGGGUGUUGGCCGCAGGGUGUCCCAUCUCUUUGCUAGUGAUGUUUGAGGUGGUGAUGGACCAUUACAAGCAGAGCCUUCCAGUGUGUUUAGUGUUGAUAGCGGUGCUCUCAUUGGAACAGAGGAAGGUUGGCGUUCAUUCAUUCUUAAUCAGUGCUGUCAGCCUCUGCACUGUUCUUGUUGUGUACUGUUACAUCCAUCUCUACAUCAUCACCAAGACUUCUGGGAUAUGGCGCGGUCGGUACUCUCGUGCGCGUAUGACACUUCUGGCACACACUGUGUUGCUCAUGUUGUAUUUUGUACCCCCGUUGGUCUUUGCGGUCGAGCUGGCUCUUUUAAAGCGAGAUAACUCGGAUGAGGUGGGAGUGUGGAUUAACUUGGUGAACAUGUGCGUGUUGAUGUUGUUGCCACGCUGUUGCACACCUUACCUGUACAUCCUGCGCUAUCGCGAGAUUUACAGGACUGUCCAGCGAGUGUUGUGGAAGAAGAGACCCCAAAGUCAGAGGAGUGCUGCCUAGAACUGGACUUGAAGCAGAGCAAGCCUGCAAAAUAACUGUCUGGUUGCUCAGUCGUUGGAGGGUUCAUUUGCAGAAGAUGGAAUUUAAAAGACUCCCGAGGCAAAAAGAGAUCUUUAAAAGAUACAUUUUAUAUUUUAUUAUGUUCAGUUAAAGCAUUUUAAUGUUUCAAUUGUUUUUAUAUUUUCAAAUCUAAACUGAAGACUGAAUGUGCUAUUAUU